AUGCCAGCUCUCGUAAUUGACGAACUGAGAAAUUCUGUGUCUGACGGUGAUCUAAUCAAGGCGAUUGUUCAAGCAAACGAGCAUGGCACUUCUUCGGAAUUGGUUGAGACCUUUCAGCAACGCCUGUUUAAGCGCUGGCUAAAGAAAAGAGUAUCGCCUACAGAUAUUAGCCAAGCAAACAAAGUGACGAAAGAGAGCGAGCUAACAGUUUUGAAAGCCUAUGAGGAGUUUUGGAGGCGCAAGAAAAAGUAUAUUUUCUAG